AUGACUGGAUUCGGCAACUGGGAAAAAGCUACCGAAAGAUUCAAAGAACACCAGAAAAGUGGCACGCACAUUUCUGCAGUGUUAAAGCUGAAAGGAUAUGAACAGUCACGUAAAACGGGAAGCGUUGCCUCUCAGACCAGCUGUGAACAUGCAAAGAAAGUUGAUGAAGACAGACAGUAUCUGAAGAAAAUUUGUGAGACUUUGCUCUUUUUUUGCCAAGCUGGCAUUGCCCUUCGUGGUCACAAUGAAGCUCACUGCUACGAUGGUGCGGCUAACAUGCGGGGAGCUUACAGUGGUGUUGCUUCACAGAUUUUGUGUGAAAAUCCUUUAGCAGUGUACAUACAUUGCCAUUCGCAUGUCCUUAACCUCUGCAUUGUGGAUGUCUGCCACAGCAUUACAGCUGUAAGACACAUGCUGGCCAAUGCUUCCUCGCUCUAUAACUUCAUCGAGGGCUCGGCAAAACGGCACACUGUUUUUGAGUCAAUGCAGGGCCAGGGCGACGGCAUUUUUGGAAAAGCUGCAACACUGAAAGCCCUUUGUGACACCAGGUAG